ACCUUGCUUUGCUGACUAUGAUUAUGAUAAAGCUUUCGUCAGUCAGGUCAAUGCGUUUGUGGAAAUAACAAUUAUAUUAUAUUGAAUCCUUUAUUGGUUGGUAUCCAUAGAGAAGUCAGUGAUCAGCGAAUCGAGAAAAGUUGUCGGGAAAUUCAUAUACUGUAGUGGACACCAUCGCUUCUACAUGAAUUUAUAAAGUGUGGACAUUAGUUUGGAGUGAGAAUCAUGGGGUUAGAAAAUUGGAGCGGUCGCUCGGCAGUUGUGACGGGGGCAGGAUCUGGCUUCGGUGAGGCAAUCACCCGCUUACUGGCAAAAAUUGGAAUGAAAAUUAUCGCUGCAGAUAUCAAUUUUGAUGCCGUCCAGGAGCUAUCAAAGUCACUGGAAAUUAGCGGCGUCUCGGAAGAGGUCUACCCGAUGAGAUGUGACGUCACUAACGAGUCCGACGUGAGGAGCCUGUAUGCCAACGCCGAGAACAGGUUUGAUGGGGUCGACGUCAGCGUACAGUGCGCGGGUCUGUCGAAGCCAUCACCACUCCUCUCGGGUGAUCUUAACAGUUGGAAAAUUAUGCAGGAGGUAAAUGUAUUAGGAACACUCUGUUGCUGUCGUGAAGCCGUCGGACUGAUGAGGAAGAAAGAUAUCGAUGACGGCAUCAUUAUAAACCUUGUCAGUCUUUCUGCGUACCAUUUGUCACCAAGCAGCGAAAUGCAUUUCUACGGAGCUACGAAGGUGAUGUUGAGAUCUAUUCAACAAGGUUUCAGGCAAGAGCUGAGGGAAAUCAAUUCAAACAUCAGAAUAUCGGGCAUUUCACCUGGACAAGCGGAUACGGGUUUUUAUACAAAUAUGUUCGGUGAUGUAACGAAAUGCACGGUUCCUUUCCCAAAACAGCCUCUUGUGGCAAAGGAUAUCGCAGACGUUGUGGAAUAUAUUCUUAACACCCCGAAACAUAUCCAGGUUGACGAUGUGAUAUUUCGACCUAUUACGCAGCCGUGAAAAUCUGUGAAUGUGGCUUAUCUCGUAUUCUUCAAGUUACCAUUGGUGCCUUUUCUGUUGACUUUUCAUUUAGAGUCGAUUUUUCUCCUAAUUAUAGUGUGUGUUUCAUAGAGCUUUCGUAAGUUCCGAGCGACUUUACGAACGACUAGUGAUCCUAUCAUGCGGUAAAUGAUUUUUCACCAUAUUUUCAUUGAUGCAGAUUAGCGCCUAAGAAAGGAUCACCAGAUAUAUUAUUCCUGUUAUUCAAAUGACACUAAUGACGUCAUCCCCUUUUUCACAGUUAAUAUGGCGAUGUCACUGCCAUAUGAAAUUAUAUUAUAUAAUAAUCAUUGUGUGAAUGACACUUUUUGUGAAUUUUGUUCAGAUUUCAUAAUUAAACGUUUCCACCAUCGGAUGACACGAAAGCCGAAAUAUUUUUGCUUUAUCAUUUAUUAAUAUUUUAAUGUAAAAUGUUAUUUGGAAAUGCGACGGGCCGCUAGUUUCAUGAAAUUAACAUAAGAAUUAGAUGUACAUCGAAAUGGGAGAGCUUGUGGUGAAAAUUUUUAUUGUAGAUAAUUACCAUUAGAGGUUAUGGCGUAUGAUUUAAAGAGUAAUGGAUUUACUUUAAGCAAACAUGCUUCGAUUUGAAUAACACGGACCAUCCACUAAGUAAUUUUAUACUAUGAAGAUUUCAUAGGGCCUAUAUUGCCUAAGAAGUGCCUGAAUUUGAUUUCAGUACGAUUCAGCCUGAAAUCAUGAAUACAAGAUGUUUUCUUUAUUCACUGCAAUAUUAAUAUUCAUUGUGGGAUAUUUUAUCAGCGAAGGUCGGAAAUCACCAAUGAAGAAAAAUAUCCAAUCUCGAGAUCAUAAUAUAUAAGCAUGGCAUGUAUUCUUUUAAUAAAAACCGAAAUAGAUUAUUGUCUUUCAUACAUUGAAUUAGGCUACUGUUUGUGAUUGUGUGAAUAAAAUUUUAUCCGAAAU